CAGUGUGCUGUGCUAAAUAGGAAGAAGAAACGGUGUUUUACGUGAACAAAGAUCUACGUGAAGGAAGCAGCGAUCCGGCAGAGCAGCUCACGGCUCUGUUUGCACCUCCCGACCGCCCGCGUGAAGUUUUUUAGAGGAUUUGGGGGAUUUUAGGAGCCUGCAGACACGGCGAAGGAGAAGCUGCGGGGGACACAGAUAGAACCAGUACCUGCAACUGCCUGAAGACACUAUGCAGCAACUCAUGGUGAAAUCUGUAGUUAGGCCAACACAACGAAAUCUUGGACUGCUGUUUUUGGCCACGAUCCGCAGUAACCCUUAUGCUUUUAACAAAUACACCUUUGACUCAUUCAGUUGCACUGGCAUUAGCUAUUUUGUGCUUAAAACAUGAGUUAGGGCAUUGCAAAAACUAUUUAUUUUUAAGGUGUAGCUGCCUUCUUUAUUCGCAGACACGGUCAUUAUCUCUUGGUGAAAAACCCUUACCUGCAGAGAUGUAUUCUGAAUGCUUAACCGAAUGACAGCAUGUGCACAUGCACAGGGAACGCUGCCAGUACUGCCAGUGACAUGGCCCUGGCUUCACAUGACUUGUCUGGGAGGGGACAGCCAACUCCUGCCUGGAAACACACCCCCGACUCCUUUGCCUAAACCCUCAUAAAGUUUCCGCAGCAGUAGUGAAAGGUGAGGAGUUGAACUCUGGGCUCUGGAUAAACACAAAGGACCUCUCCUAGGCUACACUUAGCAGGAGGAACUGUAGUUGCCUUCAAAUCUGUGCACUGCUUGGCACAGUAGGAGCCCCACCAGACACAUCUAGUCUUGUCUCUCUCCAUACAGUGUGGCUGAUAUGCAACUUCAGGGGUGACCAGAUUAUUUUAUGGAUUUUAAAACAUGACUUAGACAAACUAGCCUUUUCUGAUAGUUGAAAUGGAAAAUACAGUGAAAGCAGAUCUGAUACACAGUUGCUGGAGAAAUGAUAAAAUACAUGGCAAUUAAAAAAAAUGCAUUCCCCCUUUCUGACAAGCUGCAAGAGGAGCGCUCCCAGGAGGCCUGCUAUCAUCGUAAAGAUGAAGAGAGACUCUGGAUACUCCACCAUGGCUGCACAGCAGAAACAGGAAGAGAAGCUCUGGGAUGCCGUGAAGACCUCUGCCAUGGUCCUUGGUACAGGCCUGCUCAUAUUCACUGCCUUCAUGAACUCUGCUUCUUGGUAUGUACAGAAGAUCUGGGAGACCUCAGGCAAUUUCUGGCAAGCAGCAUGGCUAAAUCUUUACAACCGGUUUGAGGGAAAGGAAUGGUCACUCUUCCUCUUUGGGGCUGCGUUGGUUCCUGCCCUUGCCUUCUGGUGCUUCAAUGGAAUCCUUAUGGUGGCUGAUGUAACAGGAAAGCCAACUUUCAUUACUCGGUAUCGCAUUCAGCUGGGCAAGAAUGAUCCUGUGGACACAAAAAAAUUGCGACAAGCCAUCUACACAGCGCUGUUUAAUCAGUUCUUUAUCUCCUUGCCCAUGCUUGUGCCUAUGUUCCAUGUCAUGAAAUGGUGGGGCAACACCUUCAGCAAGGAAUUACCCACCUUCCAGUGGUUUCUUGUCGAGCUGAGCAUCUUUACCAUAACUGAGGAAAUUCUCUUCUAUUAUUCACACAGGCUUGUUCAUCUGCCCCUCCUGUACAAGCACAUUCACAAGAAGCACCACGAAUGGACAGCCCCCAUUGGUGUGGUCUCCAUUUACGCUCACCCAUUAGAGCACAUACUCUCCAACACGCUGCCUGUCAUGACUGGCCCGAUGAUCAUGGGGUCCCACAUUGUUUCAAUCGCAGCGUGGUUCUCCCUUGCUCUUAUAACAACCAGCAUUUCACACUGCGGCUACCACCUGCCCUUCCUGCCGUCGCCGGAGUUCCACGACUUCCACCACCUCAAGUUCAACCAGUGUUAUGGUGUCCUCGGAGUGCUGGAUUACCUGCAUGGAACAGACACGGUGUUCAGACAAACCAAAGCCUACGAGAGGCACAGGGUCCUCCUCAGCCUCACACCUCUCUCAGAAAGCAUCCCGGAGACACCCAAGAGGGCAGAGUGACCUCCAACCCUGCAGCCUGCAUUCUUGCAGAGCCCAACGACAAGGAGAGCUGGGGACAAUUCAUGCCAAAUAGUACCUUAAUUGGGAAACAAGUUACUGGGCACGAGUAACAGUUCCCAAAACUGAACUGAAACAUGCGACUUGAGAUGACCACAGUCACCGCCUGUUAUUUUCUACCUAAAGCGUGAAAAAACUGCUCUAGAAAGCUA